UGGCCGGGCAGCAUGGCGGCGGCGGCGGGCGCCCCUUCGCCGGGUUCACUGCAGCAGCCUCCGCCGCCGCCGCCCGAGGAGUCGUCGGACAGCGAGCCCGAGGCGGAGCCCGGCUCUCCGCAGAAACUCAUCCGCAAGGUGUCCACGUCGGGCCAGAUCCGCCAGAAGACUGUCAUCAAAGAGGGGAUGCUCACCAAACAGAACAAUUCAUUCCAGCGAUCCAAAAGGAGGUACUUCAAGCUGCGAGGUCGAACACUGUACUAUGCAAAGACUGCAAAGUCGAUCAUAUUUGAUGAAGUAGACCUGACAGAUGCCAGUGUGGCUGAAUCCAGCACCAAAAAUGUCAACAACAGUUUUACGGUUAUCACUCCAUGUAGGAAACUCAUCCUGUGUGCUGACAACAGGAAAGAAAUGGAAGAUUGGAUUGCAGCGCUGAAGACUGUCCAGAACAGGGAGCAUUUUGAGCCGACCCAGUACAGCAUGGACCACUUCUCAGGGAUGCACAAUUGGUACGCCUGUUCCCACGCGAGGCCGACCUAUUGCAACGUGUGCCGCGAGGCUCUGUCUGGGGUCACGUCCCAUGGACUGUCCUGUGAAGUGUGCAAGUUCAAGGCCCACAAGCGGUGUGCUGUGCGUGCAACCAAUAACUGCAAGUGGACCACACUGGCCUCCAUCGGGAAGGACAUCAUUGAGGAUGAGGACGGGAUUGCCAUGCCUCACCAGUGGCUGGAAGGAAAUCUGCCUGUGAGUGCCAAGUGCACGGUGUGUGACAAGACCUGUGGCAGCGUGCUGCGUCUGCAGGACUGGCGCUGCCUGUGGUGCAAGGCCAUGGUACACACGGCGUGUAAGGAAUCCUUAGUGACCAAGUGCCCGCUGGGCCUGUGUAAAGUGUCGGUCAUCCCUCCCACAGCUCUCAACAGCAUCGAUUCCGAUGGCUUCUGGAAGGCCACAUGUCCUCCGUCCUGCACAAGCCCCUUGUUAGUCUUCGUCAAUUCAAAAAGUGGGGACAACCAGGGCGUGAAGUUCCUCAGAAGAUUCAAACAGCUGCUGAACCCUGCCCAGGUUUUUGACCUCAUGAACGGAGGGCCACACCUUGGCUUACGCUUAUUCCAGAAGUUUGAUACAUUCCGGAUUCUGGUUUGUGGUGGGGAUGGCAGUGUUGGCUGGGUCCUCUCUGAAAUCGACAGCCUCAAUCUUCACAAACAGUGUCAGCUGGGAGUGCUGCCCCUGGGCACAGGGAAUGACCUGGCUCGCGUGUUAGGCUGGGGCUCGGCCUGUGACGAUGACACCCAGCUCCCGCAGAUCCUGGAGAAGCUGGAAAGAGCCAGCACCAAGAUGCUGGACAGGUGGAGUGUCAUGGCCUACGAGACUAAACUGCCCCGGCAGGCCUCCUCUUCUACCGUCGUCACCGAGGACUUCAGCGAGGGUUCCGAGGUGCAGCAAAUUCUCUUCUAUGAAGAUUCGGUCGCGGCCCAUCUUUCCAAAAUCCUGACUUCUGACCAGCACUCGGUGGUGAUCUCAUCAGCGAAAGUGCUCUGCGAGACGGUGAAGGACUUUGUGGCUCGAGUGGGAAAGGCCUAUGAGAAGACGACCGAGAGCUCGGAGGAGUCUGAGGUCAUGGCCAAGAAGUGCUCUGUCCUGAAAGAGAAGCUGGAUUCGCUCCUCAAGACCUUGGAUGACGAGUCCCAGGCCUCGUCCUCUCUGCCCACCCCGCCGCCCACCAUUGCUGAGGAGGCAGAAGAUGGAGACGGAACGGGCAGCAGCUGUGGCUCAGCUGUGGACCGCUCGAUGGGGUCAGCAUGUCCAGCCCGGCCGCAGAUAUUCAGGCCUCGGGAACAGCUCAUGCUGAGAGCCAACAGCCUGAAGAAGGCGAUUCGUCAGAUCAUAGAACACACAGAAAAAGCUGUCGAUGAGCAGAAUGCCCAGACCCAAGAACAGGAGAUGAUUGUCUUAGGUCUCUCUGAGUCAGAGGAGAGAAAGGACCUGAAGUCAGAGGACACCGUGUGCCACAGUGAGAGCUGCGGGGUUGCCAAGCAUAGAAGUCUCCGCAAAGUGUCCAAGUCCCCAUGUGAGAAGCUGAUCAGCAAAGGGAGUUCUGCCUCUCUUCCUCCCCAGUCAGGAAGCCGGGAUGGCCUGCCAGCGCUGAACACGAAGAUCCUCUUCCCGAAUGUUCGCGCGGGGAUGUCUGGUUCCUUGCCUGGCGGUUCAGUUAUCAGUCGCUUAUUAAUUAAUGCUGAUCCCUUCAACUCCGAACCAGAAAACCUAGAGUAUUACACAGAGAAAUGUGUCAUGAACAAUUAUUUUGGCAUUGGCCUGGAUGCGAAGAUAUCCCUGGACUUCAACAACAAGCGUGAUGAGCACCCGGAGAAGUGCAGGAGCCGAACCAAGAACAUGAUGUGGUAUGGGGUGCUGGGGACCAAAGAGCUGCUGCACAGGACCUAUAAGAACCUGGAGCAAAAGGUUCUGCUGGAGUGUGAUGGGCGGCCCAUCCCGCUUCCCAGUCUCCAAGGAAUUGCUGUCCUCAAUAUUCCCAGUUAUGCCGGAGGGACCAACUUCUGGGGGGGCACCAAGGAAGAUGAUACCUUCGCAGCUCCGUCCUUUGAUGAUAAGAUCCUGGAGGUGGUCGCUGUGUUUGGCAGUAUGCAGAUGGCUGUCUCUCGGGUCAUUAAGUUGCAGCAUCACCGGAUUGCCCAGUGUCGCACGGUGAAGAUUUCCAUCCUGGGUGAGGAGGGCGUGCCUGUGCAGGUGGACGGAGAGGCCUGGGUCCAACCUCCGGGAUACAUUCGGAUUAUCCACAAGAACCGGGCCCAGAUGCUCACCCGAGACAGGGCAUUUGAGAACACACUAAAGUCCUGGGAAGACAAGCAGAAGUGCGAACUGCCUCGCCCGCCGUCUUUCUCCCUGCACCUGGGGAUCCUGUCCGAGGAAGAGGCCACCCAGAUGGACCAGUUUGGGCAGGCGGCGGGAGCCCUUAUCCACAGCAUCCGAGAGAUAGCUCAGUCCCAUCGAGACAUGGAGCAGGAACUUGCCCACGCCGUCAACGCCAGCUCCAAGUCCAUGGACCGUGUGUACAGCAAGCCCAGAACCACGGAGGGGCUGAACUGCAGCUUUGUCCUGGAGAUGGUGAACAACAUGAAGGCCCUGCGCAGCGAGACAGAGCUGCUGCUGUCCGGGAAGAUGGCCCUGCAGUUGGACCCCCCUCAGAAGGAGCGGCUGGGGGCUGCUCUUGCCGAGAUGGACCGACAGCUCAGGAAGCUGGUGGACACCCCCUGGCUGUGCCAGCCCCUGGAGCCCAGUGAUGAAGAGAAUGUGAUGGAUCUUUCCAAACGCAGCCGCAGCGGAAAAUUCCGCCUGGUGACCAAGUUUAAGAAGGAGAAGAACAGCAAGAACAGAGAUGCCCACAGCAGCCUGGGAGCCCCGGUUCACCUCUGGGGGACAGAGGAGGUUGCUGCUUGGCUGGAGCACCUCAGUCUCUGUGAGUAUAAGGACAUCUUCACUCGGCACGACAUCCGGGGCUCCGAGCUCCUGCACCUGGAGCGGAGAGACCUCAAGGACCUCGGCGUGACCAAGGUGGGCCACAUGAAGAGGAUCCUGUGUGGCAUCAAGGAGCUGAGCCGCAGCCCCCCUGCCACCGAGGCCUAGCCUCCGCCCUCUCGGCCUGCGUCCUCCGUUCCACCUGCAACUGAGGCGGGGCCCGUCCUGGGCCCUUCUCAUGGUGCUAUUUCUACGCCCUGUGCUCGUGACAGGAAGCCUCUCGGACACUGUUCCUGGCCAGCUCCAGGGCCUUGGGCACACCAACAUGGCUACCUUUGGACACGCACCAUUCUAACCCAGUGGUGUAUGUGGGUGACCGUGCCACCACCUCUCUGCUCGCUGACCUACAUCCUGGGCCAGGUCUGGCCUCCCCUGGCCCCGGGCAUCCCAGCAGAAACAGCCUGGCUGGGCUGCACACAAGUGUCCCAGGGCUCCUCUCUGCCCUUUCAUAGCGCGUUGUCAGGCACCGUCUCCCGCCAGCCACUCACGGUUCUCCACGGAGCCCUACGAGGCCGCCACCCACUGCAGAUGUCCCUGCUUAUUAUGAGGUCCUGCCUUCCCUGGUUCGUAGGCACCAUGGAUGCGUUUCCAGUCCUGUUCAUUCAAAUGUGACGUGAAAAGAAAGGAACACUCGCUCCUCCUGGAGCUGGUAAACAGGUAGCCAUGUUCUAGGGCUGAUGAACCCUGGCCCCGUAUGUCUCGGGUCCCUCCCGAGCUGUGGCGGGGGACGUGGUCCUGUGUGUCCAGGAUGCAGUAGCCUCGGUGCUGUCCGGGGCCAGGAGCACCCGAUGGCCGGUGGCCUCCCUGCAACGGAGGCUGUGUGUUGCACUGGGUCAGUAUUUCUCUGGAGACAGCAUGUCCAUUCUGUGAGACAACAGGCUGCUGCCUGGGCUGUCCUGAGAGCCUCUGACCCAUGGGUGGCUUCUCGUCUGGUGCUGCCAGGCCCCAGGUUCCUGGAGGUGUCACUGCCUUUGACUUUGCCCCUUGCUGCCCUUCCAGAGACAGUCACACCUUACAGGGCUCUCUUCCACCCUGGAAAAGGGGGUUCUAUGACCCCCCACCCCUGGGUGCCAGGAUCCCCCAUCCCAAAGGGGAGGGCUGACCUUGUGAGGGGACUGGGCAGGAGGCCUCAGGGCGCUGUCCAGAGUCACCCAUAGGGGCCCCUUGGGGACUCACAGCUGAACAGCAUUUACCUGCCACUCACUUUGCAGACCCCUCUGACCAGCGUGCCCAGUGGGUCCUCCCUGGGCAUGGCCCGGCACCCGUCUCUGGUUUGGGGGUGCUCCCACUGGUGGUUCUUCUGGGUGCCCACUCCUGUGCUCACGUGUGGCGUGGCGGCGGGGUUUGGAGUGAGCCCCGUGUUCUGCACAUACCUUCAUUGGAGACGAGACCAGGCAAUUGUGUCUGCCUUCCCUGCCUCGUGAUUCUCUUCCCCAUCAGAACAGCUGAAGGUGAAGAAAGGCACUGCCCUGUUCGAGGUGGGCACCUGGAUUCUGAGGUUCCCAGGGCGUCUGGAUGGGACAGGACAGGACAGGCUGGAGCUCGGGGAGGAGGUGCGGGGGGAGUUAGGUUUGGGUCGUGUGUGGUAUUUAAAGUUAACACGUUGUCAGUGAUGAAAGCAGCACUGUUUACAUAAAAGCCAUUUUAAAAAAUCUCGUCAGUUAGAAGCAAAGGAAUGAACGUCAGUUUUGCAUGAAGGUGCGUCAGUGAAGGGCGGGCGUCCGUUCCUUGUGUCUUUGUGGUUGCAGGUGGGGCUGUACCUCUGCCCGCUCCAGCACCCCUGCUGUGUCCUAGGGUGGGGUGCCUGUCAGUGUGGGGGCAGGAAGGAUCCCUGGAGAGGGUUGGAGAAAAGGUUUUGUGUUCUCGGGUGGGACUCACCCUCAUAUUUAUGAUCUUAAUUUAUACAGCACUCACCGUGGAGCAUAUGCCUGCUGUGUUGCUAUGUACAUAGUCCACGUCAGGGGUUGUAAAUAAGUGGUUCUGUGUGUAAAUAAAACAAACCUGUUUUGGAUCUCUCA